AUGAAGGAAGAUUCGAAGGGAUGCCAUCUUGAUAUUAGGUGUUUGGGAACAGGAAUCAAAUGCCUCAUUGUGUUCAACUCGGGAGCACCAGGAAACCCGGGAUCCGAUGGAAGACCUGGGGAACCUGGCAGAUCUGGUACAACUGGAAGCGGAACACCUGGAAGACCUGGACCUGCUGGACCCGUUGGAGCUCCAGGAAAUGCUGGAGGCCCGGGAAGAGAUGGUGCUCCUGGAAAGAUCGGUGGACCUGGUCCAGCUGGACAGCCCGGAGGACGAGGACCACCUGGAAAUGAUGGAAGACCCGGAAACCGUGGAAACCCGGCUGGUCCAGGAGGCGAUGCCAAUUACUGCCCAUGUCCUCCUCGCUAUGCCAAGGCGGCUCGUGCACGUCAUUAA